CUACAAUUACAUUCUCAAAAAUGAAAACAAGACAUGAAUUUCGUACGUGUUGUCGUAUUUAGAUCCUGAAAUUGUCGUCUGUGAUUCAGACAAUGCGAGUAAUACCACCCAUCUGAGGUCGAUAUGGCAAGUGUUUGCCCAAAAUGCAGCUCAUCCGCUGUCAUUGUGGAGGAGCAUGGAGGGCAGCAUCAUCGUGUGUGCUCAGACUGCGGGGAGGUCAUCGACUCCACAACUUCCUUCGAGCAGGAGAGAGAUUACUGGAGCGGCGUCACAAGCUGCAAUCAAGCAGGAUCACUACAGAGUAACAACCUGGGCAGGUGCCGAAAUAUCCGACAGGGAGAUCCUAACGCGCCCAGCAGGGGACUCAAGCCCUGGAUUGAUUACGUGAAGGAAGUCUGUAGCAUGAUGAGGCUGAAUGGGGAGAUGGAGAGAGGGGUCGUCGACCUUUUCAGCCAAGCAUGGAGAGGGAUUCUUAAGGGCAAGGGGCGAGCUAAGAAGCAAGCUCUGUGUGGGGCUGUUGUGUUUACAAUUUGCCGACAGAAUGACUGGCCGGUGGUUCUGUCGGAUAUCGCUGCUGUGGUACAGAGCACAGUCAAGGAGUUGUUUGCAGUGAAGCAGAUACUGGAGAGCGAGUAUAACAUGCACGUUCCUAAUACAAACAUUGAGGAUAUUGUCAAGACUGUCUUGAAGAAGUACGGUUUUGUUGAUCAGUCAUUCGUUGAUAAGUCUGUGAAGGUUGUCAGCUUGGCAAAGGAUGCGUGGAUCACCUGCGGCAGAUCCUACGAUGCUGUGAUCGUGGCUGCCGCAUUCCUGGUUUGGAAAGCGUCCCCGGAGGGACGAGGCAAAGGCAAACGACUGGCGACAUUUCGUGGGCUGCUACCUCUCAAGCUGCCAGGCCAGACCGCAGCGCGUGUCAGAGAGAUGCAAAGCACCUUGAUGCAACUUGUCAAGAAACUUCCCUGGUUGAAGUUAAAGACUAUCACCGCAGAUAUGACAACAAAGUACCUGGACGAUGUCCUGCACAUCAAGAAAUAUCUUAUAUCUUGUGCCGAGUUACCUAAUGAACAGGACUCUAGGGAUGAUGAGGAAUCAGCCACUACAGAAAAAACCAACAAAGACGAAACAUCCAAUCAAUCCCUUAGUAGUUCAUGCACCUCACCCACAUUUUCACAUCCUCUGUUGUGGAAACCAGGAAGGAAAAGAAAACUACCUUCCGAUGAUGAGGGCAACAUCAAACAUCACUGUAAAUUGUUCACCAGUGCAUCUUCAGUGGACACAUUAUUGGACCAAGAAACGGUAAACCUGGAUGAAGAACUGACCGAGAAAGAUAUACCGGAAUCUGAGAUGCAUUUGUAUGUGCGCUCAGAUAGGGAAGUGGAAGAUAUGCUGAGACUACAGACAGUAGUUGCUCAAGAAACGUCACCCUUACAUCAAGGAGUAACAAACACUUAAGUUAAAGGAGUCUGGAAAGGGACUCGCACACUGCCAAAAUGCAACUUCCAACAUUCAAAUUACGAGUUAUUCUGUGAAUUUAGGGCCUGAAGUGCAAUAUUAUUCCUGUCCCUGUUACCUUGGUUCUUUGUAAUGUGCCAAUCAAGUAUCAUUUAGAAUUACUUUAAUCCAUUCUUUAUUUGUUGGGGAGGUAGUUUGGUAUUCAUAAUCACUCUUGGGGAACGACUGCAUUACAGAGUUUAUCAGAAUUAUAUAAUCAUAGAUGUCAUAUGUAACGGGGACAGGAAAAAAGUGUAACCCAAGUUUACAGAGUGAUCCAGAUCAUAAGAUGGCAACAUACUAGUCAGUUUUGUGUAUUAACCAUGGAUAGUCAUGAAGGAAAUAAGGGUUUGUUGUUACAUGUACAUGUAAUAAUUGUUGAAAGAUGUCUCGAAACUAAGUCAAUAGAGGAAGUUGAAAUGUGGUGAGAAGUAUUACAAAAACACUCAUGAACAGAAACAAUGUGUAAAGUGCAACUUUCAAAGAAACUGAGAAUAUUAUUUAUAAUUAAACGUUAUUACAAAAUCAUUUCCUUUUAAACAAUAACAAGUAACGUAGCAACUAAACAUGUAAUUGUGACAUUUGUUAAUUUGGAUCAAUUUGAAUAAACUGAAUAGAACUGACAAAAGGA